GUGAUGCCAUUCGGCCUCACGAAUGCUCCCGCUAUCUUUCAGAGGGCGAUGAACGACAUUUUCAGGGACAUCCUGGAGCACUACGUUCUCGUCUACCUCGACGAUAUCCUGGUCUACGGUCGUACCCUUGAGGAGCACCUCAGACAUCUCCGCGACGUCCUUGACCGCUUGCGCAGACAUGGUUUCUACGCCAAGCUGAGCAAGUGCCGCUUUGCCCAGCACAAAGUGGAUUUCUUAGGACACGACGUGUCUGACCAGGGUCUCGACAUGGACGACGCGAAGAUCACUCUUAUUGCGAAGUGGCCCGCUCCCACAUCCGCCAAACAGCUUCGCAGCUUCCUAGGUCUGACCAGCUACUACAGUAACUUCAUCCGGGGAUAUGCUAGGUAUUCCUACGUCCUUACCUCCACCCUCCUCCGGAAGAACCCACCCUGGGCUUGGACACCCCUCCACGAGGACGCCUUCCGCGCCCUCAAGAAGGCAGUGACAUGCGCACCGGUUCUUCACCUACCCGAUUUUGACCGCCCUUUUAUCCUUACCACCAUUGCGUCAGACUUCGCUGUAGGAGCAGUGCUUUCUCAGGUCUUCCCCUCCUCUCCUGAUUCCUCUUAUCCUCGUAUCCCUCGCUUCCCACCACCUACCCCUACCACUGCUUCCCGACUGACGCCAACUCGUCCAACUACUGACGAGCCUUCUAUUGACUAUUCUCCUACCAUUGCCGAGGACGUCACUGUCGAGACUCGCUCAGGUGAUUGUCCGAUAGCCUUCUACUCCCGUCAGCUCCUGCCCGCCGAGAUAAACUACACUGCUGAUGAACGUGAGGUUCUCGCAGUAGUUUAUGUCGUUCGGCACUGGCGUCACUACCUGCACGGGGCACCGUUCACGAGUGCACGCUUUGUUCCGUGCCGCUAUGCCAUCAGUGCACGUGAGGUCGCCGACAUCGUGUUUGUUCGAGUCGUGCGUGACGACGGCUUACCUCUGAGCAUCAUAUCUGACCGUGACCCGCGCUUUACCAGCCGAUUUUGGCGACGGCUCCACGAGGUGUGCGGCACUCAGCUCCACUUCUCCUCGUCUUACCAUCCUCAGACUGAUGGUCAGACCGAGAUCACGAACAGGACUCUCGGAGAUAUUCUCCAAAAGAUUGUCCGUGACGACCAGCAGUGGGAUCUUCAUCUUGCCCACGCGGAGAUAGCCUACAACCACGCCGUCUCGCCAGCCACGGGGAUGUCGCCGUACUAUUGCGACCUCGGCUAUCACCCGCGUGUUCCCGCGGACUUCCUUCGACCAUCCCAGGUGCUCCCCGACACGAGUUGUCCUGCGCUAGAUGAUUGGGUUGCACACAUGACGUCGAUUAUGAAGACCGCACAUGAGCACAUAGCCGCUUCCCAGACUCGCAUGGCGGCACGUGCGAACCGAUCGAGGAUGGAUCACCCAUUCAAGGUCGGUGAUGAUGUGCUUAUCGACGCCCGCCACUUACAGCUCGAAGCGGACACGCUUCACAAGUUUCGGCGUCGCUUCUUUGGCCCAUGCCGCAUCCUCCAGGCCGUCGGUUCUGAUACGGCAUCUAGCCCGGUCAGCUUUCAUGUGAAGCUGCCUGACUACCUACACCAGGCUCAUGUGCAUGAUGUCUACCACGUCUCGUUACUGCGUCCUUACCGCAGACCGUCUGAGCGUUUUGCUGGACGACCAUACAAGCGCCCUACACCCAUCGUGGUGGACGGUCACGAGGAGUUCCUCGUUUCAGACAUCAUUGGUCGCCGAGUCACCGACGAUUACCCUCCCCAUGUCGAGUAUCUCGUACGUUGGAAGGGUUACCCUGAUGAGGAGGCUACCUGGGAGCCCCUCGAGCACUUGCAGCACGCUCGCAUUUUGGCUACCCUGCUGCUGCUCGCAUUCCUAACGUCGGCUAUCCAUGGACAAGCUGCAUCCCCGGAAGCGGGUACGGUCAAGAUCUCGGGUUUCAAGUACGCAGGUGAUGGAUGCCCGCCAGGGUCUGCGGAGGGGGCAGUGUCGGAUGACGGAGAAGUGAUCACUGUGAGGUUCAGCAAUUACACUGCGUCGACAGACGCUGGCUUGGACGGUCUGAGGAGGAAGUGCACGGUGACGGUCAAUCUGAGUUAUCCGCCAGGUUUCAUCUUCGGCUUGGGGAUGGUCACUAUGCGCGGAUACGCCAAGCUGGACGCGGGCGUGACCGGCGUCGCUCAGACCAGUCCCAAUAUGCYCUGGACACCAKGGACGGCUGGAGCCAAGCGCGUCAUCGCCGGCCCUUUCGAUGGUGACUUUGAGUUCACASACGAGUUCAGCGGGCAGGCGUACAGCGUGUGCAACGUCGUCAGARACCUCMACCUCAACUUCGAAGUGCGGCUGAAUCCUGGGAAUCCACYGAAAAGCGGCMUGAUGACCGUGGGCUCUCAGGGUCUCAASCUAACGCAGGAGUUCGCCAUCAGCUGGGCGUCGUGCUAAGCUCYGGGCRGCGAUCSAACAUCGUCAGCUUUCCAGCUUGCCACAAGUUGCCAGCGGCUAAG